CCUCCUCGCGUUUCCAUCCACUCGCUCUUCUUCCCGCUCCAUUAAUUCCAGCCAUUGCCACCUCUACAUACGCCAUUGUUGUGAGCUCCUGUUGAUCGAUCGAUUCGUUUCGGUUUUGAUCUGCAAUCCGGACGGGUUCUAGCUUCUCCUUUCACCGCCGCCGGCUAGUCGGCGUUCGUGCUUCGGAGGCCGGAGACAUGUCGAAGAAAAUCGUGGUGAAGCUGAACGUGCAUGACAAGACGGAGAAGCAGAAGGCGAUGAAGGCCGUCUCGACGCUCAUCGGCAUCGACGAGCUGUCCAUGGACAUGGCGAGCCAGAAGAUGACGGUGAUCGGGAUGGUGGACCCGGUGAACGUGGUGAGCAAGCUGCGCAAGUCGUGGGCGGCGACCAUCGAGUCCGUCGGGCCGGCCAAGGAGCCGGAGAAGAAGGAGGAGAAGAAGGACGGCGGCGAGGCCAAGAAGGACGGCGAUGCCAAGAAGGAAGGCGAGGGAGACAAGAAGGACGGCGAGGCCAAGAAGGACGGCGACGGCAAGGACGCCGAGCCAAAGAAGGACGACGGCGACAAGAAGCCACCGACGGAGCAGCAGCUCUUCGCCGAUCUCAUGAACCAGUACCGGGCGGCGUACAGCCACAGCUACGGCCCCUACGUGCCCAACCACUACUUCGUGCAGAGCAUCGAGGAGAACCCCAACUCCUGCACCAUCUGCUGAAACUCCCAUGGCGCCAUGGCUCAAGGUAGUAGCCGACCAUGUCUACUGUAUACGUCUACGUGUACGCACGAGUUACGAGGCCAAUGAACUAUGCAUCAGCAUGCUGUAAUAUUGGUGAUACGAUGAUAUGCAUGCACCAUGUAUUUACAAAUGUAUCAGCAGCGAAGAAAUGUCAAUGAUCAAAUUUAUCAUUUUUGAGAAACUAUCAUGAGAUAUCACUGUUUUCUAUA